AUGAGUAACGCAAUGUCAGGUAACGAUAGAACCCAUGGGCAACAGCAACAGCCGCUCUAUAUGAGCCCGCAAACGGAAAAUCUAAGCCAGAUGUAUGUGCUGGUGGACAGACUGGUAAGACAAUUGCAAGCAAAUAGGAAAGAGAAGGAACAAGUGUUGCGGAAAGUCGACGUAUUAUCCAAACAAUUGAACAAGCAAUCACCAGCAGAGGAGGGAAAGAAUGAUGCAGUGUUAUUCGACCGGUUCCUGAGUCAAAGAGUGGCUCUUUCGCAAAAGGAUAUCAAUGAAACGGCAAACGAUUCUGAUACUGUGAAAAUACUUCAAAGACAGAACGAACAACUGCGUAAAGUGCUAGGUGCUAAGACAAAUCUCAACAAAGAAACAAUGGACGUGCUACGAGUGCACGAGGACGCAUUGGAGCAAGUAGUCGCUCUGCUAAGGGACGAUGUUGCGAACUCCCACCAAUCAUUCGUCAACAGGGUUCGAAGCAAGCUAAAUGACGAGCUUAUCCCACUCGAAGACAAAGAAUUUUCGCUUUAUUUGGACAACAUCAACGACGUAGAACAACUCAUCCAAGUCUCCGAGAUAUAUAGAUCCGUGCUAAGGUUGAGUGACAGUGCAGACAACACACAUCUGCGAAAUUCACCUAAUUGA